GCCGCAGGCGGGGGCUAGUAUUGCAUCUAUAUGAAUCAACGAGGCAUUAUUAUGGUAAUGCACUUGUUCAAGCCGCUACAUAGACAUUAACGACUCUGAGAAGUCUGAGUCCAGUCCGCCACAGCCUAUCUCGACAAGUGCACGUCAGUCUAAAACAUAAUUGUUACAGAUCAGUAUAAGUAUAAUCAUAUUAUAGCAUUGUAGAAAGUGAUAGGUAUGCAGUGGUUUUUAAAUUUUAAAACUAAUAAAAAUACUGUAUUAUUAUUUGAUUUACUUUCGAGGAAGUUUACGAGAAAAAAAUAAGAUAUAUUUAACUAGUCACUAGCCGGUAAGAAAAGUGGUAGAAAAUGAAGAUAAUUAUUAUUAAUCUUAUGCUGAUUAGUUCUUCACUGGCACUUAAUGGCAGCUACUGUUGCUCCGAAAAACAUGAAAUAUGGGUUGAUGACAACAACUUUAAUCAUUGUUUGGACACGAGGACCAACGCCACCAUGAAGAUUACACUGAAUUGUUUUGAUAACUUGACAUUUAUAGUUUCAAACGAGUUCUUGCCAUAUAAGCUGAAGCCAGAUGGAAGCUUAGGUAUCCUAAUGGGAGAAAUAUCAGAAGUCACAUCAGUUGCAGUUGGCGACUUCUGCGUCGGGCGUCAGACUAAUGACGGGGAAGAGUCUGAGGUGGCGAUCAUAUGCCUGAGUGAGAUGGAGCCUGAAAUAGUGAGCGAGGAGGUGCUGGGGUACUGUAUGGCGGUGUCCAGCGUUUUCCUCGCAUUCACGGCGCUCGUGUAUAUGGCGUUUCCAGAGCUCAGAGAUCUACAAGGAAAGAGUAUCACAUGUUUAUGCAGCACGCAAGCUGUAGCCAAUGCAUUAUUUUGUGUGAUGAAAGUGAUGAUAUACUCUCACAUGGCAUGGUGCGCGGUGCGAGGUUUCCUGGCCUAUUACUUUAACAUCUCAACGUUCUUCUGGAUGAACGCAUUAGCUGUACAAAUUCUUAUCAAUAUAAAGCAUUCGUCGAGUAAUGAAAGUUGGAGAAAGUUUAUGUGGUACGCUUUGUAUGCGUGGGGUGCGCCCGCCGUCCUCACCGCGGUACUGAUCAUCGUCAACUAUCACCCUGGAGCCCCCAUGCGGCCUGGAAUAGGCCACAACCAAUGUUGGUUUAUUGAUAUGAAACGCACGUGGAUUUACAUGUACAGCGUGCUCACGAUUCUAAUGGCGGCCAACUUGGCGAUCUUCGUCUACGUUUCCGUCUUCUUGUGGAAGCACACGUUCUCGUCCUCUCACCUGCAGGCGCUGAGAUAUAAGUCAUGGAUGAUGUUUCGACUGUUUAUAAUCAUGGGUUUACCGUGGAUAUUCGAAAUGGUCACCUCAUUGACGCCUGUUCACACGUUUUGGGUUAUAGUCGACAUCGUAAAUUGUCUGCAAGGCCUGAUUGUAUUCCUAAUACUAGUCGUGUUCCGUCGGCGCGUGAUCAAGGCGCUGUACAAGAGGAACGCGCUGCUCUGCCUGGGCGGUCUGGCCGAGACCUACCUGAAGGGGGCAGACGAUGAGGAGAAUAUCGUCACACCCACUGUAGGCGUGCCUAUGGACGAAACUGGAGCAAUAUAAUACGUUGCCUAAAACACAAGUUAUCGUCGUAUCAAUGAGGAUAAACGCAGAACGCUUAAAAAACAUGUCAUUAAAAUCCAAAUCCAAAGAAACAUACACCACAAACUACAGACUUUUGGGGUGCCGAUAGUAGGAGCCGUUUAUAACCUCAUUGUAAAAACCAAUGUUAUGUAUGUUUCUUUGGAUUUGGAGUUUAAUGACAUAUAUGUUUUAAAUGAUUGCAGCGCCACCUGCAGUAAGCUUUGCGCAUUUGACCUCAUUAGUUUCAGUGUCGCGAAGUUGCGCCGGCGGAAAAGUUAUAUCUGCCUCCCGUCGUGGCGUAUCGUAUCACUCCAUUUCAUACAAAUAUAAUGAAUUAGAGGUUUAUGACAUUUAACCCUUUAACGGGCAAACUUCAAUUUCAUAUGGCAACAAUGAUCACCUUACAACAAUGAUUUUAAAGUUAAUUUCAAAAUGACUGGGUUACAUUUUCCGUAAUUACUGAUACUCGUAAGACCGUUAAAGGGUUAAAAGCUCCAGGAUUUGAUAUGAUGCAGCUAACUCUACACAGACUGUGUAGUGACGGAGUGUGGUGGUGCCACCAUAAACGCCAGGCCUGUUAAAAUAGGAUGUAAUAUAGUGGGAGUCCACACUUUGUUACUUCAAAGUCUGCAGAGUUAACUUGGUGCCACUCUAGUAGAGGUCUAUCCUCUGACGCGCUUGCGCUAUACCUAUUUGGAGUACUUAUUUGAGAUAAACUUUUAAACUGUGUGCCCCCUCUAUAGCAUCUAGUGGCGCGCGUUUAAAAAUAGUCCAUCUCUUUCAGUAUAUACGUAUUGAACUAUAGAUAAAACAAUACUAGUCGCAUAAAAUAGUGAUAAAUAUUAAAGGGGCCAUAGCCAAGAAAAACUAAUGCUAAUUGAAAAGCAAGACUGUUUCGGAUUGACGAACGAAAAGUGACGGUAAUUUCCAUACACACAUUUACGAUAGACAUUAACGAGUGCUGGGAACCCGCUCAGUCGGUUCUCUGUUCGUAAGUAGCUUUCCUCUAAAAAGCGGGAAAAUGCUUAAAUCGGCUACGAGCGUAGCGCUACGAAAACAUUGGUACUGUAAUGUAGCAACGAUAUGUUUAUAUUAAAUUAAGUGAAACAUGGCCUCAUGUUUUUCCCUGAUAACAUAUAAAAUUUUUAUAUGCUAACCUGGUAAGUCUAAACCGACCUUUGCCUUUUAUCGUAUAAAAGGCAGCUAUUUGAGACAAUUCCUCAUGUUUUACAAAUAAAAACCUAUUUAAAAAUGACAA